AUGAUUUCUCGAGGACGUAGGGUACAAGUAUCCUUAUCGUUGACUCACUGCCGUCCAUCUUUUGUCGGUUCUUCUAAUUUUGCGGUGUUGCAUGGGAGAAGAGCUUCUCUGAUUAACCCCACCAACUACCAGCGACAACCCCUCCCUCACCCCUCCUCAACUACAUUCCUUGUUCCGCAUCGUCUCUUUCGUACCAUGGUCUCCUCCGUUCCCGUCGGACCUUCCGAGGUGGAAUGGCCUGCUCGUCGUGUAAGGGAAACCUUUAUUGAAUACUUCAGAAAAAAUGGUCACACUGUUGUGCCUUCUUCGUCCGUUGUGCCUCUGUCCGAUCCAACCUUGCUGUUCGCCAACGCGGGCAUGAAUCAAUUCAAGGCUAUCUUUCUCGGAACUGUGGACCCUGCAUCGGAUUUCGCAACUUUGAAACGUGCCGUCAAUACUCAAAAGUGUAUUAGAGCUGGCGGCAAGCACAAUGAUUUAGACGAUGUUGGGAAAGAUAGCUACCAUCAUACUUUCUUUGAGAUGCUCGGGAAUUGGUCUUUUGGCGACUAUUUCAAGAAGGAGGCUAUCGCUUUUUCCUGGGAGCUCCUUACUAAAGUUUACAAACUCGAUCCCGAUAGGUUAUACGUGACAUACUUCGAGGGGGAUAAGGCUGGGGGGCUCGAGCCGGAUCUUGAAUCAAAAGAACUUUGGAAAUCCGUGGGUGUUGCUGAUGAUCAUAUUCUUCCAGGGAACAUGAAGGACAAUUUCUGGGAGAUGGGAGACCAGGGCCCAUGCGGUCCCUGCAGUGAAGUUCACUACGAUCGCAUUGGAGGGCGCAAUGCUGCUCACCUCGUCAAUCAAGACGACCCAAAUGUGCUUGAGAUCUGGAAUAACGUCUUUAUUCAAUACAACCGCGAAGCUGAUCGGUCUCUACGGUCUUUACCAAACAAGCAUGUUGACACUGGUAUGGGUUUUGAACGCUUAGUUUCUAUCCUGCAGGACAAGUCAUCCAAUUAUGAUACCGAUGUAUUCACGCCACUCUUUAAGACGAUCCAAGAGCUCACUAGUGCAAGACCAUAUACUGGUGCUUUCGGGGAAGACGAUAAGGAUGGAAUUGAUACUGCGUAUCGAGUGAUUGCAGACCACGUCCGAACACUCACAUUUGCUAUCUCGGAUGGGGGAGUUCCCAACAAUGAAGGGCGCGGAUACGUUGUAAGGCGUAUCUUGAGAAGAGGUGCUAGAUAUGCUCGAAGAUACUUCGAUGUUCCAAUCGGUGAAUUCUUUUCCCGGCUGGUACCGACUCUUAUUCAUCAAAUGGGUGAAGUUUUCCCGGAGAUUAGAAGAAAGGAGACCGAUGUCAAGGAGGUGUUAAACGAAGAGGAGGAAUCUUUUUCUCGCACUCUUGACAGAGGUGAAAAGAUGUUUGCACACUACGCUCAACAGACCAAACUUAAAGGCUCAAAAACACUCAAUGGUACCGACCUUUGGCGUUUGUACGACACCUUUGGUUUUCCAGUCGACCUCACAAGGAUUAUGGCCGAGGAGAGCGCGCUGGAAAUCGAUGAAGCUGAGUUCGAGAAAGCAAAAGCCGAAAGUAAGGAAGCUAGUAAGGGCAGGAAGAAGGCGGGUGAAGCCGAGCUUCUUAAGCUAGAUGUGCAUGAUCUUGGUAAACUGGAAAUGAUGAAGAACGUUCCUAAAACGGAUGACCAAUAUAAAUAUGGGCGGGGAAAUAUUACUAGCCAAAUCAAAGCUAUAUACUACAACAAGCAAUUCGUUGAAAGCACGAAAGACAUACCCGAAGACGCCCAGAUUGGUCUUAUUGUUGACAAAACCAACUUUUAUGCGGAGCAAGGUGGCCAAGAAUACGACACCGGAAAGAUUCUUAUUGACGGACAAGCUGAACUUGAUAUUCAGAAUGUGCAGAUGUACGCAGGAUAUGUUUUGCAUACCGGCUUCAUGAAAUAUGGCUCGUUUUCAGUUCUUGACGAGGUCAUUUGUGAGUAUGACGAGCUUCGCCGUUGGCCUAUCCGCAAUAACCAUACUGGUACUCACGUCCUUAACUACGCUCUCCGCGAGGUUCUUGGCGAGGGUAUCGAUCAGAGGGGAUCCCUUGUUUCGUCGGAAAAGCUCCGUUUUGAUUUCUCACAUAAAACCGGUGUUACCGACGCGGAACUUGAGCAAAUAGAGAAAAUCUCAACGGAUUAUAUUCGACAAAAUCUCGAGGUUUAUGCUAUGGACGUUCCUCUUGCUUCCGCCCGCGAGAUUGAGGGAGUUCGGGCUGUCUUUGGGGAAAUUUACCCUGACCCAGUUCGUGUUGUCUCUGUCGGAGUACAGGUCGAAGAUCUUUUAGCGGAUGUCAAAAACCCUCAGUGGAGGAAGGUUUCCAUCGAGUUCUGCGGUGGUACUCACGUCCAAAAGACUGGAGAUAUCAAAGAUCUUAUCAUCCUUGAGGAGAAUGGUAUCGCAAAAGGUAUUCGCCGAAUAGUUGCUGUUACCGGUGAAGAUGCCCACGAAGUUCAACGCAUUGCUGCCGAGUUUGAGGCGCGAAUAAAGACCCUCGAGAAGAUGCCUGCUAGUGCUUCAAAGGAAGCACAAAUCAAACAAACCCAGGCGGAUCUUAACAAUCUUUAUAUCAGUGCUGUUAAGAAGAGUCAGCUGAAGGAGCGCUUCGCAAAGAUUCAUAAACAGAUGCUUGAUGACCAAAAGGGAAAACAAAAGGCUGAAUUGAAGAAGGCUGUUGAGAUAGUCACCGAGUACUUCAAAGACAAUAGCGAUAAGAAGUAUCUCAUAGCAAAACUACCAAUCAGCGCAAACUCAAAGGCAGUGAGUGAUGCGAUCAAGCACGUUCAGAGUAAAAAUAAGGAUAAGACCGUCUAUCUUUUCGCUGCGGAUACUGUCGAUCAGGGUGCGAAUGGCAAGGUUAUCCAUGCUUGCUAUGUUUCUGAGGAAUUUGCAAAGAAAACCUCAGCAAAAGAUUGGGCUGAUAAAGUCUCCGAAGUGGUUGGUGGUAAGGCUGGAGGGAAGGGUGCGACUUCCCAAGGUAUUGGGAGUAACAUUGAGAAGGUUGACGAAGCGGUUGAAGCUGCAACUAGGUAUCUUGAGGGUCUUUCUCUGUAG